AUGUUAGUUUUUCCCAUUUCAGAUCUCUCCAACGAUGAUAUUUCGGAUGAUAUUGCCUGCGCCAAGACCAUACAACAGCGCGACGGCUUCAAAUAUUGGAAGGGCUGGAGUCGGUAUUGCCGCAACACACAGAACCUGCCCAAUUUGGAUGUCGCCUGCAAGCUGAGCACUUUAUCGCCCAUACGGAGUCCCAAUUCGUUUUAGAAAGGCAGCAUGAUUCAAAUAUCUUCAAG